AUGAUCUGUAAUAUUUGCAGCAGCUUUUCACCCCUCAAAAGUUGUGCUUCUUUGUGCAAAUCGAUCAGUCUGUUCAUUAUCUAUCUAUCUAUCUAUCUAUCUAUCUAUCUAUCUAUCUAUCUGUUCCAUUAUCUAUCUCACCCUUCUCUCUCGCUCACUUUCUUUCUAUCUAGCUCCGUUCAGUAUCUAUCUAACUCGGUCUUUUCACUAUCUAUCUAUCUAUCUAUCUAUCUAUCUAUCUAUCUAUCUAUCUGUUCAGCAUCUAUCUAUCCAUCUAUUUAUCAGUCUUUACACUAUCUAUCUAUCUAUCUGUCUAUCUAUCUAUCUAUCUAUCUGUCUGUCUGUCUGUCUGUCUGUUUAGUAUCUAUCUAUCUCAGUCAGUUCAAUAGCUAUCUACCUAUCAGUCUGCUUUCUAUCUCUCUCUACCUAUCAGUCUGUUCACCAUCUAUCUAUCCAUCUAUCUAUAUGUAUGUACACUAUCUAUCUAUCUAUCUAUCUAUCUAUCUAUCUAUCUAUCUAAAUAUGUUCAACGAACGCCUUCUUGCGAACCAAACUUUACGACAGCAAACGAGCAAAACGGCACCCACAACUGCUGCCGACGGACGACUGACCGCAACGGCUGCUGUCGCCCAAGAAAAGACGCCAAACGUCUUUUCUUAUAGUCCUCGUGUAGAAGCUUUUCUCUCUCUCUCUCUCACUCUCUCUCUCUCUCUCUCUCUCUCUCUCUCUCUCUCUCUCUCAGGACAUCCUCGCGCUUUAAAUGUGUGUCUCUCUCUCUCUCUUUCUCCCCCUUCUCUCUCUCUCUCUCUCUCUCUGUGCAUCCAUUUGUGA